AUGUCCAUCAGCGUAUUAGGUGUUUCUGCUUGGAUGAGAGACUACCUGAAUAAUGUUCUGACUUUAACUGCAGAAACAAGGGUGGAGGAGGCUGUCAUUUUGACUUACUUUCCUGUGGUCCACCCAGUCAUGAUUGCAGUCUGCUGUUUCCUCAUCAUAGUUGGAAUGCUGGGCUACUGUGGAACAGUGAAAAGAAAUCUCUUGCUCCUUGUCUGGUACUUUGGAAGCUUGCUUGUGAUAUUCUGUGUUGAACUGGCCUGUGGUGUUUGGACCUACGAGCAGGAAAUAACGGUUCCAGUGCAGUGGUCCGAUAUGAUCACGCUGAAAGCCAGAAUGACCAAUUAUGGCCUACCUAGGUACCAGUGGCUGACCCACGCUUGGAAUUUCUUCCAGAGGGAGUUUAAAUGUUGUGGGGUGGUGUACUUCACAGACUGGCUGGAAAUGACAGAGAUGGACUGGCCGCCUGACUCCUGUUGUGUCAGAGAGUUCCCAGGAUGCUCUAAGCAGGCACAUCAUGAGGAUCUCAGUGACCUUUAUCAGGAGGGAUGCGGUAAAAAGAUGUACACUUUUUUGAGGGGGACGAAGCAAUUGCAAGUGCUGAGAUUUCUAGGAAUCUCUAUUGGAGUAACGCAGAUCCUGGCUAUGAUCCUCACCAUUACUCUGCUGUGGGCUCUAUACUACGACAGAAGGGAUCCCGGGGCAGAUCAGAUCAUGGCCCUGAAGGGUGAUACCUCUCAGCAGCUGUCAUGUCAUUCCGUGGAGCUACUGAAACCAAGCCUGACGAGGAUCUUUGAACACACAUCCAUGGCAAACAGCUUUAAUACACACUUUGAAAUGGAAGAGCUAUAG